AUGUCAGACUCAACCUUGGUUAGUGUUACUGGAAGGUAUUACCAGCCUCCAGACAUUGUACCACCAGUGCUAAAGAAGCCGGAGGUUCCUGGACCUACACAAGCCAGGACAUACAUGAAUGUAGGCACAAGCAGCAGUCUCAGGUUUCAGAACAAACCAGAUAUCGACAGCCAAGAGCUCCAGGUGAAGCUGCAGUCGGCAGAAGAUCGAUGUCACCGUCUUAAGAAGCAUCUUGACAGCGUGAACAAGAUGAUUGAAAGUGUAAAGAAGGGGAGACACGUUGUGUUUGAAGAACAGGAAACGUCAAAACCUCAGCAGUCGGCACCACUGAAGGAGCUUCUGUGCAAAAAAAUUCCUUUUGUUGUAGGAACAUCAACAGGCCCCAGUUAUUCAGUAUAUGCCAACCUACAAAGUGUGCUGCACAUGAUGAAGCAUCACCAUCCCCAGCUGUGCAACCAAAAGCGUGAGCAGCAAAGAGCUGGCUCUGGGGCCAAGAGAAGCAUGAAAAAGAGCUUCUCACCCGACAGCAGGUCUGAGCUACCAGCUGAGUACCUGAGCAUGAUUUCAGACCUGCUCCUGCUUCUGCAAGAUGAGCUUGGGAUCAUGAGCUUUGAGCAAAUGGACUUGAUGCAGAGAUUAGAUGCAGCCAAACAACCGGAGCACAGGCUGGACCUGCAGAGGUUGCUGGAAAAUGUGGAUGCACGGAUCGAAGAGAAGGCCGCACAAAUCAUUCAAGUCCGCCAACACCAGCAGGCGGUCCAGAGGUUGACCACGGACAUUCGGCACACAGAUGAGGCAGCAAUGAUCAGGCCUCCAACUCCAACACCCGUCAUCGUCACCCCGCAGACGAAGAGACACCGACGUCUCAAAGGGACUCAGAAGACAAGAAACUAUCUGAAGGAGAAAGACUGUCGUUGGGAGUGAUGUUGAGCUUUAAUUCAAAGGGUUUGACAAAAUUGUAGCAUUUAAAAAAAAACAGCCAUUUAUUUACAGUUACUGGACAAAGUAACUGGACAAACUAUGAAUAUUGUUGAUAGGAUUAAAGGAUUCAAAAGGAGUUUAUUGUCAUAUGCAC